AGGCCCCGCGCAGUGCUGCCAACGCCCCGACGGAGAAGCUGAGAUGUCAAAAUUGGAGGGAGUGCUGAAGAGAUGGCUCAGUAGUUAAGAACUCUUGCUCUUGCAAAGGAUCUGGCUUCCAUUCUAGCUCACAACUGUCUCUUCCGACUUUCCUGGCUACCAGGAGCAUACAUGGUCAACAUCUAAUUUGAAAUAUUAAAAGUGGAUACAAAACUAUUUCCGCAAUGCAGACAAUUAAGUGUGUUGUUGUCGGUGAUGGUGCUGUUGGUAAAACAUGUCUCCUGAUAUCCUAUACAACGAACAAAUUUCCAUCAGAAUAUGUACCAACUGUUUUCGACAACUAUGCAGUUACAGUUAUGAUUGGUGGAGAGCCAUAUACUCUUGGACUUUUUGAUACUGCAGGGCAAGAGGAUUAUGACAGAUUACGACCGCUGAGUUACCCACAAACAGACGUUUUUCUAGUAUGUUUUUCAGUGGUUUCUCCAUCCUCAUUUGAAAAUGUGAAAGAAAAGUGGGUGCCUGAGAUAACUCACCACUGUCCAAAGACUCCUUUCUUGCUUGUUGGGACCCAAAUUGAUCUCAGAGAUGAUCCCUCUACUAUUGAGAAACUUGCCAAGAACAAACAGAAGCCUAUCACUCCAGAGACUGCUGAAAAGCUGGCCCGGGAUCUGAAGGCUGUCAAGUAUGUGGAAUGCUCUGCCCUCACACAGAAAGGCCUAAAGAAUGUGUUUGAUGAAGCAAUAUUGGCUGCCCUGGAGCCUCCAGAACCGAAGAAGAGCCGCAGGUGUGUGCUGCUAUGAACGCCUCUCCAGAGCCCUUUCUGCACAGCUGGUGUUGCCAUCAUACUAAAAGCAAUGUUUAAAUCAAACUAAAGAUUAAAAAUUAAAAUUCGUUUCUGCAAUAAUGACAGAUGCCCUGCACCUACCUACAUGCAUUCAUGUGAGACAAGGCCCAUUGGUAUGCCCCCUGCCCUUCCAGUAACAGUUAAUUUUGAAUAAUUGUGUAUUGUCUGAAAAGUGAUGAGUGCUAGUUUUUGUUUCCUUGUUUUAAAAAACAACAACAAAAUCCCCACCCACAUUUUUUGUUUGUUUGUUUGUUUUUUUAAAGCAAGGCAUGCUUGUGAUGACUUUGUAACAGACUAAUUCAAAUUGUCAAAGCUGCUCCCUGGUUCCAUUUUGGAGAAUAAUUUGGGGCAUCUUGUGUUUCCCUACCCCCAGCCCUUCUCUCCUUUUGGGGUGUGUGUGGGGUUGUUUCUUAGUCUUGUUUUUUAAAAAUUUGUUAGCCAGUGGACAGCCCUUAGGGAGGAGGACAGAUUAUUUCCACAUUCCACUCCCCAGGCGUAGUUUAGCAAAUGUGUCCCCACCUGGUGCUCUUAGGAAGGAGUGUAGAAAUGCCUCGUUUAAUAACAUGCUCCUUCUUGAAAGUUGCCUUUUCUCUCUACCCUUGAGUGGAUCUAGUCUUUGAUGAAACUCAUGAAGGUGGAUGGAAACUGUCUUACCCCUCUUUCUAGGAUGCACUCUGUAUGUGACUGUGACUUUCAAGGGUAUUUGUUUUCCAUUUGCUGAUUUGGGGAGGGGGGAUAAUUUCUAACUCUUUCAUUGAUAAAUGAAAAAAAGUAUUGCACCUUUUGAAAUACACCAAAUGGAUUGAGUUCCUAAUUAAAAAAAGUUCUUUUGCCCCUGUCAUUUUCUUAUAUGCUUAGUAUUUUAUAACUCACUGUAGUUUUCCUAGAUUCAGCUGAAGACCUGGUACAUAGGCUUCCUUAAGGGAUGGUGCUAGAAGACAGUGGUUACUGAUGCUUGCCAUCUCCUUUCAGGUGAUGAUGAGGUUACAGGCCAUUUAAGAAGCUUCAUUAAGAAGCUGUGAGCAUGUGGGGAGGGGAGCAUACUUAACCAACAUGGGGACCAGUCAGGGCUAUCCCCUUUUUUUCUUCCAUGCCUAUGAGGAACUUUUGAACCACGGACUGAAGCUCAUACAAGAAAAAUGUCAAGAGUCUCAUGACUUGUCAUAAGUGUUAAUAGAUUUUAUCAGAUUAUUUUGUUUUCAGGUUCCAAUCUUAAAAAAUGUUUAGAUAAUCUUCUCCUUCCCCAGCCCUAAUCUUGUGGAUUCGUCAGUGCUGAACCAAUGCUUCCUUGUGUCUCAGUUCUUUGUAGAUGAAUUCUUUUCAGAUGUAUUAAACAAACAAAACCCUUCACAA